AGCGGCUGCACGAGCUGCGCGUCGUGCCCGGAGUGCGAGCCGGGCACCUACCAGCCCUACACGGCCCAGACCUACUGCUACAGCUGCCCGACGGGCACGUACGCGCCGUCGAACGGGCCGACGACGUCGUGCACGGUCUGCGAGGUCGGCACGUACGCCGUGGCCGCCGGGAGCUGCGCCUGCACGCUCUGCGAGCCGGGCACCUACGCCCCGGCCACGGAGACGGUGCUCUGCACGGAGUGCGAGGCGGGCCGCUACCAGUCGGCCUUCGGGGCCACGACGUGCUACGACUGCCCCGAGGGCUUCUUCUGC